GUUAAAUUCUCCUAUGGUGUGGGCCAACAAAGCUGCCAGCUGGAGCUGAUGGUAAUAAGCAAAAUCUUGUGUUCAGCAAACUGGAGCAGUUUUGAGCAUACUCCCCCAAAGAGGCCACUGGUCUGUUGAGGUUUUAAGUACCAUCUUAGCCAGCUGCUGCUCCCAGUAUCAGACUGAUGGCUAGUAAACGGAAGUCCACAACUCCUUGUAUGGUUCGCGCCACAGAUGUCUUGGAGCAGGAACCAGAUUUGGAAAUGGAUGGAAAUGCAGGUGACAGGUCUCCUCACCGACUGUCAGAUGAAAGCUGGCCAGCGGAUAAUGGGAUAAAUGACAGGGAUCAUCCAGUUUUAGAGAAAACUGCCUUAGACAAUCAACAGACCAAGAAACUAGAAGGAGGCUAUGAAUGUAAAUAUUGCACCUUUGAAUCACAGGACUUGAACGAGUUUACAGAACAUGUUGAUACCAUACACCCAAAUGUUAUCCUCAAUCCAUUUUAUGUCUGUGCGGUUUGUAACUUUACAACAAAAAGGUACGACACCUUCACUGAUCAUAAUGGUAGACAUCACCAAGGUGAAAACAACUUCAAGUUGAAGUUGAUAAAGCGCAAUAAUCAGACUAUUCUUGAGCAGACUAUUGAAGAUCCUACUAACAGUAUGAACACAGAUAGAGAGGAAAUUCCUCCAGCUGGAAUCUCAAUAAGUAAAACUCCAAUCAUGAAAAUGAUCAAAAGCAAAGCAGAUAGUAAAAGAAUCAAUGUAUUGUCACGAGUGAAAGAUGAGUACGAUGUUACACAAGAAAGCAAGACAGAAGCGAAUAGCACCGAUUUAACUCUCAGUGCUAAUAGUGGAUUGCUAAUUCCAGAAACUGUGAUUAAGGAUGGAGUGCCUCAUGUAAUGCCAUCUAUACAACCACCACCAAACAUCAACUUAAUACCCAAAGUCAUGAUUCCCAUGCAUGGCACAAAAUAUAACGCUGCUAUGGAUGUUAACAAAAGCCUCAUAGGUUCCUUUAAUAAAUUCCCGUACCCUACACAGGCAGAGCUGUCUUGGUUGACAGCUGUCUCAAAGCAUCCGGAAGAACAAAUUAAAAUAUGGUUUUCAACCCAGCGUCUUAAACACGGCAUCAGUUGGGCUCCUGAGGAGGUAGAAGAGGCCAGAAAAAUGAUGUUUAAUGGCACCAUUCAGACACCAACAAUCACUGUUGUACCAGCGCAGAUGCCAUCAUCCACAAAAUGCUCACAGCAGCAUGUUAUUCAGACAGGAGUGCCCUGCCAGUUAGUUGGUCAGACAGGUAUCGUAUGGACACAAGUUGCAAACGGGUCAACAAUGUCCUGUUCUCCCAUCACGUUGGCGGUAGCCACCAGUGCAAACCAGACCCAGUCUCAGAAGAGGAGUUUGCCACCCUCGCAAGUAACAGGUGACCCAAAGCGUGCAAACGUAGUCCAGGUUUGUCAGCUCACAUCACAGGGGAAUUCGGUCGUGUUUUCUCCCGGGGCUGCAGAUGUAAACACGAGCCGCAAGAAGACCAAGGAGCAAAUGGCAGAACUGAAGGCCAGCUUCGCCGUCAGCCAGUUCCCCGAUGAUGAGGAGGUUUUUCGGCUCAUGCAGGUGACUAAACUCUCCAGGGCGGAGAUCAAGAAGUGGUUCAGUGAUAACCGCUACCGGACACAAAAGGGCCAUUCCAGUCAUGCUGCCUCAGAAAUUGUGGUCACCAUCCCCCAGGAUCCUCCUUCUGGGAGCCACCCAAAUCGUAAAUCUGGAUGGAGUAGUUACUCUGACUUUGCGCCACAGAAAUUCAAAGAGAAAAGUAUUGAUCAAUUGAAAGUGCUUGAGGAAAGCUUUCAGUACAGUUCAUUCCCAACGGAUGAGGAAAAAGAAAGAUUAAGGUCAGAGUCCAAACUAACCAGGAGGGAGAUUGACGCUUGGUUCUCGGAGAGGAGAAAACUGAGAGACUCGCUAGAAGGAGGGAUUCUAGAAACGAGCAAAGCACCCCUCAAUCCAGAUGUGAAACCAGACUCUCUUAAAUCAGAAGGGCAAGAAGUAGUUGACAGUAGUCACACAAAAACCUCCCAUUUGGGUCCACAUUAUCCAGGUAAGCCCAGAACCCCUCCUCCAAACACAGGAAUGCAGCAUAAUAAAACAACUAGUCCAAUUGACAAGACUCAUAAGAAAAGUCAGGAACAGCUGCACAUCCUAAAGAGUGCAUUUGUACGUACACAGUGGCCAACAGUAGAACAAUAUGACAGUUUAGCAGUGCAGAGUGGGCUGCCAAGAAAUGACAUUGUACGUUGGUUUGGUGACAACAGAUAUGCAAUUAAAAAUGGCAACUUAAAAUGGCUUGACCAGUACCAAAGAGCAAAUACAGAAAGUCACAAUGGCCAGAGUAACCUCAAUGGCAAUGAACGAAGGGGAAAUAGCAGAGGACAUAAAGCAGCUGGUGUUUGGGGCGGAGCAGGUCGUUCCAUACACAGCCGGGCUGGUAAAACCAUCCUGUUACAGUAUUACUUACGGCACCGACAGCUAAGGGAGGAAGACCUUGAUGAGUUGGUUUCAAAGUCCAACAUGAGCUACGAACAGGUCAGGGACUGGUUUGCAGAAAAGCAAACAGAAGAUGCCAUGGACACAUCAGAGAGCAAUAGCAGAGAUGGCCAGUUUAGUGAUGAGGAUGAGGAGUGGGGUGAGGUAGAGGACGUCAGUGAGAGGGAUGAAAAUGUUGCCUCUGAAUUCACAGGCAGCUGGGCACACGCAACACAGUGUGGCUCAACGGAGUUUAAUGAACUGGAUUCUGAAAGCAUGUCUGCUGAAAAUUCCACAAUAUAGCUAAGGAAACCAAAUGAGAAAAGUACUGACAUACGUAGCAACAUCUGUCUAGAGAAAAAUUACCAUUUCUAUUCUCUGCGACACAAAGAAAGUAAUCGAGAACUUCGGCUCUGACU